GAGUUCUGCAGCCCGUGAAACAUAAACUAGAGUCUGCAUUAACUACGGUAAUUAAUUUUUACUGUCAACUGCACCCUUGUUUCCUAUAUAUAGAGUGAAAAUGGAAACGCUAAAGAUUUGCCUCGUUCUGGCUUUAAUCACUGGAUGCAGUAUUACCGGAUCAGCUGUCGAUGCACUUCCUUGUUACAACGAUGCAUAUGACGAAGCGACGGAUAUGCCGGCUUCUACUGAUUUGCCUCGAGUCACGGAAAAAGUGGACAUUCAUAUUGCCAAAAAAUUUGCCUACCAGGGAAUUCCUACGGUGCUCUCAUGCGACAUAAACGAAAAGCCAGAGGCAAUCAAAUGGUCCAAGAUCAACGGUGAAUUACCGAGCGAUGCUCGACAAUUGGAAGGAAAUUUGAUCAUCACUCCGAAACUGUCCGACUCCGGAUUUUAUACUUGUCAAACGGAUGUUAGCGGAGAAAAAACCCAAAAGGUCAUCGAGCUCGUGGUCAGGAUGCGACAGCCACGCCCUCUUCAUAAUUUCCUGGGGACGCGUCGAUUUUAGGACAAACAAUAUACAAAACAGUGAUCUGACAUUUUGGCAGCACUUCGGCUGUUGGCAUAUUGUUGAUCUUUCCUCGUGGUCGAUAUAUGAUAGUAUACCUUGGGAUGUAAACAAAUUUAGCUGGGUAAUAACUGUUUAAUGCUUAACUGUUCUAGAACUGCUUUUUACCGCACUUUUUAGAAUUCAUUGUUUCUUUUAUUGUUUAACUUGUUGUUUAUGCAUUGAUUUGAUGUGUCACUACAGAUAGCUUGUACAUGUUAUUUAAUUUAAUUAUUUUUUAAGAAAAAACGUCAGUUAAAUUUCAAAAAUUAAAUGCAAUGCACGGGAGAUUUUUGUCCGGCU